GCAGCAGUUUUGAUUGAUUUCAAUACACUUUAGUUGCGCGCAGAAGCUUCAUCCAGGUGUUUACUUUUGAAGAAGUCAGUCCUUCAGUUUUAUUGCAUGUUCAUCUUGUAAUGCAAGUUGGUAAAAGUCAGACACUGUACCUUUUUGUUGAUGCCUUAGAGGUGAACUCAUCACGUGCCUUUGUGCACUUUGUCAGGUUUUUUUUGUUUUGUUUUGUGUCGAGCAAAUAUUUGCGCGCAGUAAUCGUGUAAUAAACGCGCCUUGAUCAUGUUUGUUCCACUCGUGUAAAAUGUACUUUGAAAGAGACAGAGAAUGGCCGAUAAGAGUCGAGAGCCACAAUGUAAUUAUCAACCAGGCCUGCCUGCUGAAAACUUUGAUGUUGUCCUAUCAAUACCAGCCUGCCUUUCAGGACCUAUUGAUUAGAUUCCAUCUCUAAAGGCAAGGCUGUAAUUUGAUUUUCCUAGUUUGUCUUUUAUGGGGGGAAUCGAGACUGAAACUUGAGGUUUAUAAAGUAAAAACAGGCCAUAAUAGUUAAACUUUUAGAGGAAGAGGAUAAAUUGCAGAUUCUUUUAUUCCUAAAGGAUAAACCGGGUUACUUUGUGGUUACAUUAAGCUCAACCUGGAUUCGUCUUUCAAGUUAAAUAGGUUAAUAUAUUAAUUGUAGCUUAUAACAGACUCAUGAAUCAUCUUCUCAUCUGAAGUUUCGUGAGUCGUUGAUUGGGGUGUCAGAUGAGCCUAUCACUGACCCGAGGCAACACCUGGAAUUCACACCUUAAAUCCACUCCUCCCGGCCUCCUAUUGGCGGAGCUCCUACAUAUAUCCGUCACCCGGCAUCACCAUGAGUAUGACACCGGCUUGCAGCCGAUCAAAAGCAUCAUCAUCACCAUCAGUCAUGCGUUACAGUCACGAACUCGAAGCUUUCCAGUUUUCCGCAAGCAGCGCCAUGUUCGACAGCGAGGACUCCGGCUCCGCAGACGGGGAGCAACUGACGGAUGUGCGCUACCCGAGUUCAGCGCCUUCCAGCCCGCAGUCCGUCAACUCGGACUCCAGCUGCCCGAGUCCAGAGGCCAAGUCCGCCUCAGGCCAGCAGAGAGUCAGGAGGCCUCUAAACGCCUUCAUCAUCUGGACGAAAGAGGAGCGCAGGAGACUGGCUCAUCUGAACCCAGACCUGGAGAACACAGAUCUGAGCAAAAUACUGGGAAAAACCUGGAAGGCCAUGUCUCUGGCUGAGAAGCGUCCUUACAUGCAGGAGGCGGAACGUCUCAGGGUCCAGCACACCAUCGACUACCCGAACUACAAGUACCGGCCCCGCAGGAGGAAGCAGCUGAAGAAGAGCUCCAAUAAGCCCCCUGGUGCAGAAUCCUCUCCCGCUUUGCCUUCGCUCUGCAGCUCGGGCUUCUCAGUGCCUUACAACCUCUCCUACCUGCUUCAGAACCAACAGCAGUACCACAGCUCUCCUGCUUUCCCUAACGUCCCCGUUAACUUCAACAGCUACACAAACUCUCCAGUUUUUCCAGACCAAACAACAGCAGACGCUUUCCAAAAUAAAACUGAAGUGUACCCGCCUGCGUACCCUGCAGAACCCCAAGGAUACUUUGGCGGCCAGCACGGGUACAUGCAGUACGGUUUCUCCAGUUCAGCAGUCUCACAUGUGGAUCAAGGGGACUCCAGGAUGUACGGGGGUCUGCUGUGUCCAUCUGGACCAUCCCUGGAGUUUUACCUGGAGCAGGUUAAAAUGGACAUGCUGUACGAUCUGGACCGCAGUGAGUUUGAACAGUACCUGGGCCCGAGCGCUCACAGGUCGGAGUCAGUAGAUCCCAGCGGCUACGCACAGCAGAGCGGCUACAGAGAGGAACAUUUACUGUCAUAAAUGCACCGAAGCGGCUGUAAAUAUUUAAAUUAUCUCAGUGUUUUAUAUCACGACGACUGCUGAAUGUUGAUGUGAGAUGUGUUUUCUGACCAGUUCUGUUUCUAAAAGAUUAUUAUGAUGUCUUCCAAUGUUAUUAUAAUGU